AUGAGGCUUCAGAGCGUUGCAGCUAUCCUGGCAACGGCCGUCACAUCGGUGUCCGCAAAUCCCCUCGGCCAGGUUAGCGCACCGGAUAUCCGACAAGCCAAGCCACCCUAUUUUCUCCUCACCGGUGACUCGACCGUCGCCAUCGGCGGUGGGUGGGGGGACGGAUUUUUGUCAUUUGUUAAGUCACCUGCUGACGGAAAGAACUAUGGCAAGAGCGGUGCGACAACGGUAUCAUUUAGAGCCCAAGGUAUCUGGGAUACAGUGAUUGCAGAGGUUGAGUCGAACAAGAAUGGCUUCAGCCCGAUCGUCACGAUCCAAUUCGGCCAUAACGACCAAAAGGCUGCUGCAAACAUUUCCUUAGAGCAAUUCCAGGCAAAUCUCGAGACAUUGGCAAAUGAAGUCACAGCUGCUGGCGGAACUCCACUGCUGAUGACUAUUUCUAAGAUUCUCAUUACGUCUCUUACUCGCCGUACUUUCAGCGGCGGUAAGGUCAUCCAAAACCUUGAGAACGAGCGCAUCCGAGCAAUUGCUGCCGCUGAUGCCGUGGAUGCUACAUAUCUCGACCUGAACACUGCCAGCACUAAUUACAUCAACGCCAUUGGCAACGAAAACGGACACAAAUACGAUCUAGCGUCUGGUGAUUCCACGCACUUGAACUCUGCAGGAGGGAUUGUCUUUGGUCGCCUGGUUGCUGAUCUCCUUCUCGAGAAGCGGACGGACCUCACUGAAUUCAUCAUUGAGAACAAGGCCUUGAGCGACAAGAUCAAGGAUGGGGAGUUUGCCACCGGGGAUGAAACAGACUAA